GCGCCCUAUGCAGGCAGCUUUCCCACUUCGAGUGCGGGGUAUGAAUCGUCUUCGCAAGACCGCGCUCUUCAUGAGGAUGUGUUGGGGGCCGCGCCAACCCCCGAGCGGAUGCUUUCGCUCGCUCUGGGCCAGCCAGAGCACUGGUCCUUGAGGGAGCAACCUACAGCUUCUGUAAGAAGGCAUGCGCGUGGGACGUGUGUCCCUUGUGUGUUUUUCGUUGUCCACAACCACUGCCACUUCGGAGACAGAUGUGGCUGCUGCCACGAUGUCAGCCACAGAAACGCUGCGACUCUGCAGCGUUUCCAGUUUGCUGCUUCUGAUGCAGUGCGGCAAGCCGUGCGACCAGAUCCAGAGGGCAAGCCCAAGGGCAACUCGAGCUCGGAGGGGCCGAAUCUGCAGCCACCAAAACCCGAAGCACAGCGGUUCCGAGCUGGAGAAAGAGCUGCCUCCUGGAGAUCUUUGAGCCUCAGCGACUGGCUGGAGGACGUCGACCAAGGAAAGGGCGCGCUCCACCAGUACAGGGCCCGCCUGUUGGCGCAUUUCGACAGCUUGGAGCAGAUCCUCGGCCUGUACACGGUUCGACGAUCAGACGGACACUGGAUGCUAGACCAGCUCUUCUUUCAUGACCUAAAGAUCGACAAGGUAGGCCACCGGCGCCUGUUCGAUAAGUGGUUUAAAAAUCGAAUGGCCUCGGCCGACUUUGGAACAUCACAUCAGUGA